GAUAAAAUAUAGUUAAAUUAUUGGAGAAAUUGAGGUUUUCACUAAUUUACAACUUUAUAACAGCUAAAAUAUGAUGUAAUAAAAAUAAAAUCCUAAGUAAUUUGACUAAAAAUUAUAUGUAAUUUAAUCAAGAACAGGUCAAGAAUGGGGUGGGUCAGGGCAGAUCGGGUGGAUGAGAAUACCUGUGCCCGCCCUGCCCCGCCUACGGGGCGGGUCGGACCCACUCCUAAACAGUUCAAAUAGAUCGGAUAAAAUGGAUCAGAUCGAAAUUGCCAUUCCUACGUGACCACAAUGAUCGUUAUUAAGGAUUCAGAAUUCAUGAAAAGAAAGAAUCAGAUUAAUUCGUCGUCUCCUUCUUCUAGCCACGCAUCCAAAAAAAUGGACACCUUGACGUCAUCAUCAUCAUCCGAGCCUCAAUCUCCACUAUUGCCCCUACAACAUCACAAUGCGAAUUCGCCGUCCGCCACCGCCGCCGAUCCCACCACCACCGUCACCGAUCCGCCGCCGCCACGGUCCCUAUCGGCUGUUGACCACUAUAAGGCGGUUUAUCCGUACAAAGUCGAGGCUUCCGUUUUUCAGGCCGCCGGCAACGACUCCUCAUCAUCAUCGUCAGCUGGCGGUGGUGGCCAGCAAUAUCUGCUCGCUUCCACUCGACGGUUCACGGGUUCGACCGCCAAACCGGGGCAGGACCACACCACAUUUUCGAUUCAAUUGAGAGCGGAAGAAGCAGAUGUUGGGGAACAUGCGGUGGCCGAUGUCAUAGAAGCGGCGGAGGGCAAUCGGCUGCGGUUCAAAUUAUUGGUGCUGGUUUGGGUACGGGUUAAUGACCGAUAUUAUUUAGCGCGAAUCGGUUGCGAUCCGGUUUGGAUCGAAUCUUCCAGUUUCACAGUCAGGGAGUUCCGGAAGAAUACAAAGAAAUGCCAAGUACAAGUGUAAGUACAAUUUUUUUCUAAUUAUUACUACUCGACAGAACUAUAUGAGUAUACGUACAUGUUGAUAAUCUUUUCCUAUACAUAAUACCAGUGGCGGACCCAGGAAUUUUACACAGGGGUGUCCUCUUUCAAAAAAUAAAAUAAAGUAAAAUAAAAAUU